GAAUGUAAACAAGAUGGCGUAGGUUGCUAGUCGGAAGUUCUUCAAAUAGACUGCAAAUUCGCUCAUCUGCAGUGGUUAGAGAAACAUUUUAACUUUGAAAAGCGUGAUACUUAAAGAGGAGAGCAAAAUGUCCACCCUUCCAAUGCAAGACAGGAGUAAUUCAGAGAAGAACAUGAACGGUUUAACACCCAAGGAGAUAGCUCUCCUCUCUGGCAUAAGAAAAAGAAAAUCAGAGUUGUUGAUUGAAAUUCAGCGACUGAAAGAUGAAAUAGCAGAAGUUUCAUCAGAAAUGGAAACUAUUGAACAACGCGACAAUAGUACUAAGGAUGAUCCUCGAGCCAAACAAUUAUUAACUGGAAAGAAAAAGUUUAACAUUGAUCCAGAGAAGGGAAUAGAAUAUCUGGUAGCCAAUACUCUGCUCAAUAACACACCCGAAGACAUUGCUCACUUCCUUUUCAAUGAAGAAGGACUUAAUAAAACAAUGAUUGGAAACUAUCUUGGAGAAAACAAAGAGUUUAACCUAGAAGUAUUCAGAAUCUUUGUUGAGCUUCAUAAUUUUGAACGAAGAUUGUUGGUAGACGCCCUGAGAGAAUUCCUGUGGAGCUUCCGUCUACCUGGUGAAGCCCAGAAGAUUGACAGAAUGAUGGAAGCAUUUGCUAAGAGAUAUUGUGAUCAGAACCCAGAAAUGUUUACAUCAACUGAUACUUGCUAUGUUUUGAGCUUCUCAAUCAUCUUAUUGAACACCAGUCUUCACAACCCAAGUGUCAAGGAUAAGCCUACGUUGGAGAAAUUUAUUCAAAUGAACAGAGGAAUCAACUGUGGAGAAGAUAUACCUUCGGACACCCUAGCGAGUUUAUAUGAGAGCAUAAAAAAUGAACAGUUCAAGAUCCCAGAAGAUGAUGGAAAUGAUAUAACAAGAACAUUUUUCAAUCCUGAUAGGGAAGGCUGGCUUAUAAAGGAAGGUGGAUUGCACAAAAGUUGGAGGAAACGGUACUUCAUCCUUAAAGAUAAUUGCCUCUAUUAUUUCAAGAAUAUAGGGGACAGGGAACCACGUGGCAUUAUUCCUUUGGAAAAUUUACAAGUUAGAGAAGUGCAAGAUGCACGGAGAAAGUAUUGCUUCGAAAUAUAUUCAGCUGAUAAUUCCUCAGGGCUUAUAAAAGCUUGUAAAACAGACUCCGAAGGAAAAGUUGUAGAAGGUCAGAAGGUUUCCAUUAAUGAAAAAAAAUUGACUCCAAUUGAACAAAAGGCUAGUAUGAUCAUUGAUCCAUUCUAUGACAUGCUUCAAGCCAGGAAAAAGAAAGUCACUCAAGCAGCAUUGAACUAAGGGUUCUUUUUGAUAAUUAUAUUGAUUAUCUUGAUUCCUUGUCAGCUGUAUAUCUUCUGUGAAAUGUGUCUUGAAGUGUACAUACAGUUGAAUAUUAUUGUGCCUAACUGCCCAAAUGUAUUGACCUUGACUUAUUGAUGCCUUCUAAUAAUGAUCUAGGUUUAUAUUUCACUUUUCACUAGUUAAAUGGUAUAGUUCAAGAAAAUUCUUACAAUUUAUAACGUAACUUAUAUUUGAUGCCAUCCAAUUCAUCAUAUUGGCUUUUUUGAUAUGACUUUUUUUAAGUUUCCUCUUUUGCUUGUGGUCAAACAUUUAUUAUAAAAAGCAGUCUUAGCUGGAUACACCCAGAUUGUUAUUGCUUUUUGGUUUGUUUUUUUUUAUAUAUACACAAAACUUUGUUUAUUUUGGAAGUUUAAGUUAUGACUUUUUGUACUUUUGUAUUUAAGAAACAAAUGUUUGCCAUAUUUUUUGCAAAUGGUGUACAGUUGUGAAGCUCUGGCAUGUAAGUGGAUUAUAAUGCAAUAGAAAUCCAGCUUUUUCAUUAUUUGCAGAGCAAAUAAUAAAAAAAAUAUGAUUCAGUCAUAAUACAUGAUUCAGUCAACAAUUUCCCCAUUACCAGAGAUUCCCAUACAUUUUUUUAAUCAUCUCAUAAAGGGAAACAUGUUAUUCACUCAUUGCAUGUGGUCUAUUGUUUUAUUACCUUGGUUCUUACCCUUUUCUGGAUGAAUUACAUGUUGAUCCCUUUAUUUGUCAGAAAUUGUUGUCCUAAGAGCAAUCACUCAGGAACACACUGGAACUUUUACUGCUGACUCUUAAAAGCAAUAGUAUGGGUGUUGAUUGUUGGAAAAAAAAGGUGACUGUGUAAAAUUUGGUCACAAGUAUGACUGAUUGAUUGACAAACAGGUACAACUAGUAAAUAUAUAUGGAUGGAGAGUUUAAUUUACAUAGAGUAGUUAGUUUAAUAGACUUGCAAAAUAUGUGCAAAAUAGUAUUUCCCAAAUAGGGAGGGAAAAUAAUCGGAUACAGUCCCACAAAUAGAGUUUUAUUGCAAGGAAAAGCUUCCUGUCAGAAUCUGUAGUUUCAAUAUUGAUAGGGUCAUUCCCAAAAUGACAGGAGCUUCUGGUUCAAAAUGAGGAUUAGGGAAAGAUCUUUGAUAUGAAACUGCAAAUGAAACUCAUUUUAUUUAAUAGCUCUUCCCUUAGCUUAUGUUAGCAGGAAAAGUUUUUGAAACUUGAAAUGUUCAAUGGUUUUUUUUUGUGUGUGUGUGUGUGUUUCCAGAGAAUGGAGCUACUUAGGUUGUUGAUUGGUUAUCAAUUUCAACUUUUAUAGAGAAAGUUACCCAGCAUUCCAACACUUUUUUGUUGGAUUUGCCCUUUGGG